AGGCCUAUUCUUUUGCAAGGACAUACACGCUCUCUAACUCAAAUAAAGUAUAAUCGGGAAGGAGAUCUUCUUUUCUCAGUGUCUAAGGAUCACGUCGUGAACAUAUGGUAUUCACACAAUGGCGAACGCUUGGGAACUUAUAAUGGCCACGUUGGGGCUAUUUGGACCGUGGAUGUCAAUUCACCAAGUACUCUUUUACUAACCGGCUCGGCAGAUAAUACUGCCAAACUCUGGGAUGUACAAACUGGCAAAUGCUUGCAUACUUGGGAAUUCAAAACUGCGGUAAAGCGCGUUGCAUUUUCUGAAGAUGAUACCAUGGCACUUGCUGUAACCGAACAACGUAUGGGUUACCCAGGGACUGUUGUGAUUUUGUCAAUUAAAAAUGAUCUCGAAGCGGAACAAUCAAACGAGCCUAUCAAUAUCAUAUAUCCCAAAGGUUCUAAAGCGAUGACUGCUGACUGGGGAUAUCUAAACAAAUAUAUAAUAACAGGGCAUGAAGAUGGAAGCAUCGCUCAAUAUGAUUGGAAGGCAGGUGAUCAAAUUAAAUCUAUUCAUCCUCAUACGGCUGAAAUCACUGAUCUUCAAAUGGCGGAAGAUCGCACAUAUUUCAUUACUUCGUCGAAAGAUAAGUCCGCUCAGGUUUUUGAAUCUAACACAUUGAAUCACCUAAAAAAAUAUAUGACGGAUGCACCACUUAAUUCUGCUGCAAUAACCCCUAUUCAAGAUUUUAUCAUUUUGGGUGGUGGUCAAGAUGCUAUGCAAGUCACCAUGACUACCAUGAGACAGGGCAAAUUUGAAUGUAGAUUUUAUCACAAAAUUUUGGAAGAAGAGGUUGGUAGAGUUAAGGGUCAUUUUGGUCCUAUAAAUACUAUCGCAGUACAUCCUGAUGGGAAGAGCUUUUCAUCUGGUGGGGAGGAUGGUUAUGUUCGAGUGCACCAUUUUGAUGAAGAUUACUUUAAAUUUAAAUACCCAGAGUUGCAUUAG